CAUCUUUCCACCACAACACACUUCAACAUUUACUUUUCUACAACAACUUCCUUAAUAAACCAUUAUUUAUUUGAGUUCAAGUUACAUAGAAACUACUAAAGAUAUCAACAUGGUUAGUGUGUCUGAAAUUCGCAAGGCUCAAAGGGCAGAAGGCCCUGCAACAAUUUUAGCCAUUGGUACUGCUAAUCCACCUAACAAGGUUGAUCAGAGUACAUAUCCUGAUUUUUACUUCAAAAUCACUAACAGUGAGCACAAGGCUGAGCUCAAAGAGAAAUUCCAGCGCAUGUGUGAUAAAUCGAUGAUCAAGAGUAGAUACAUGUAUCUAACAGAAGAGAUUUUGAAAGAAAAUCCUAGUCUUUGUGAGUACAUGGCACCUUCAUUGGAUGCUAGACAAGACAUGGUGGUGGUAGAGGUACCUAGACUAGGGAAGGAGGCUGCAGUGAAGGCUAUUAAAGAAUGGGGCCAACCAAAAUCAAAGAUUACUCAUUUGAUCUUUUGUACCACAAGUGGUGUAGAUAUGCCAGGAGCUGAUUACCAACUCACAAAACUCUUAGGCCUUCGCCCAUAUGUGAAAAGGUAUAUGAUGUAUCAACAAGGUUGCUUUGCAGGAGGCACGGUGCUUCGUUUGGCCAAGGAUUUGGCUGAGAACAACAAGGGCGCUCGUGUGCUUGUUGUUUGUUCUGAAGUCACUGCAGUCACAUUCCGUGGCCCUAGCGACACUCACUUGGACAGUCUUGUUGGACAAGCAUUGUUUGGAGAUGGAGCUGCUGCUCUCAUUGUUGGUUCUGAUCCAGUGCCAGAAAUUGAAAAACCAAUAUUUGAGAUGGUUUGGACUGCACAAACAAUUGCUCCAGACAGUGAAGGUGCCAUUGAUGGUCACCUUCGAGAAGCUGGACUAACAUUUCACCUUCUAAAGGAUGUUCCUGGGAUUGUCUCUAAGAAUAUUGAUAAAGCACUUGUUGAGGCAUUCCAACCAUUAAACAUCUCUGAUUACAAUUCAAUCUUUUGGAUUGCUCAUCCAGGUGGACCUGCAAUUCUAGACCAAGUUGAGCAAAAGUUAUCUUUGAAGCCUGAAAAGAUGAAGGCUACUAGGGAUGUACUUAGUGAAUAUGGUAACAUGUCAAGUGCAUGUGUAUUGUUCAUCUUAGAUGAGAUGCGAAAGAAAUCGGCUCAAAAUGGACUCAAAACCACCGGAGAAGGACUUGAUUGGGGUGUGUUGUUCGGCUUUGGACCUGGACUUACCAUUGAGACUGUUGUUUUGCACAGUGUGGCCAUAUAAGAUGCUUAAUUAUUCAUGUAUCACUUCUAAAUUUGCUUGAUUUUUAUGUAAGAAAUUAAAACUUAUCUAGAGUUCAACAUGUGAAAUCAUAUUCAAAUAACAUUUAUUGGAUGGAAGCAAGCUAGUUGAAGCUAUCAACAAGUUAUUUCACACAUGAAAGACACUGGUGUCUCAAAGAAGCUGAAGCUCCGAGUCUUUAAUUUGGUGUGUAAAAAACAAUUAAGAUUUGCUUAAAUUAGAUGAGAAGAGAAAAUUAGAGAUAACAAUAAAGAGCUAAAAGGAUUAAAUAUA